AUGCACGGCACCAUAUCAGUCGAAGAUUACAGCAUUGUAGAUGGCAACUCACAUCAGGCUACUUCCGAACGGCCGCAGCGCACCAGCACCCCGCUGCCGACCGAGCCAUCGCCCCAAUGCCUCGGCCUCCUGGAGCUGCUGCCCGCUGACCUGCUAGCCAAGCACAUCUGGAGCCAAAUUCCCAGGCGUGACCGCAAGCAGCUGCGGCUAGCGGGGCGCGGGGCUGCGGAGUACGUGCUCGUUUGCCGUACCUCACUGCUACAACUCACCACAGCAGGCCGUACUCUUCACCAGCGUUUUCCGUACCCGACGUCACUGGAGCUUAAGCUGCUGCCGCCUGUACGGAAGGAGUACGACGAUAGAGGUGGAGGCGGAGGGGCGAGUGGUCCAGCGGCGGUAGCGGCGGCGGAUGGUAGCGGCAACGGCGGCCCAGGAGCAGGGGCGACGGAGUCAGGCUGGCACGGCAGUACGGCAGUCAUGUCGUAUUUUCUGUCGGAGCUGGGUGUUGCGAUGUCCGUUAGGUCGUUAUCGUUACAGGGCUGGCAGGAGCUGUCGGCGCGCGACCUGCACCACGUCGUCACCAGCUACCCCCGCCUGGAGCGGUUGCACCUGUCAGGACUGCCGUACAAUAACUACCUGUCUGGUAGCUCCCUGGAGCCGUUAGGUCGUUGCCCUCACUCCUGCCUCCGGGAGUUAGUGGUUGACACACAGCUGAUUCUGGAACCGCAUCUGGUCCUGGCCGCCAUCUCCCGACUCCCCCACCUGGCCGCCCUGGAGCUUACGGGGGUUGCGGCCCUCAUGCUGGGGGACUUCUCCUCCUCCUCCGCCGCCGCCGCAUCCUCUCUGGCCACCCGGGAGCCCUCCCUGCCCAGAACUCCCAGCCCGUCUUCCGCCGGCUCUGCCCCCGCCGGCUCUGUCGUACUCUCCCAUCUUCCCCUGGCCCGCCUCACUGCCCUGACCCGGCUGGUCCUAACCCUGGAGCACAAGAUGUCGUACAGCGAGCAGCAGUUGGCGGCUGCUGGACUUGGAGAGAUGCGGGGACUGCGGCAGCUGGGGCUCGACUUCAUGCAGAUGGGGAGCGGAUCCAACCUCUGGUCCGCGGGGUGGUUGUUGUGCCACGUCAUCACACGCCUCACGGGGCUAACUGCCCUGCACAUGCCGCGGGCCUUUUUGUACGACAAGUCGCAUCCGGAUUUUGUACGGGCGCUGGCGGGCCUCACUGGACUCACCGAUCUGGCGCUGGGCUCCGCCAUACUCAGCCCGGAAACCGCUGCCGCCGCCGCCGCCGCCGCGGCAGCGGCAGCGCCGGCGACGGAUGUGCGGCCGCCGGCGACGCACGGCUCGUUCGGCAAGACGCCGUCGGCGACGUCGAUCCGUGCUGUGUGCGUGGAUGACCCUCGACGGGAGGGCCACGACGCGCUGGCGGCGGGGCCAGCGGUGACGUCACCUGUACGGCACUGGCGACGUCUUGCGCUAAGCGCCGCUAUGCCCUGCUACCUGGAGGCGCUGCUGCCACUACUGCUGGGUACGGAGAUGGAACGCGGCGGCGGCAGCGGCGGUGGGUGUACGGCAGUGGAAGCCGGAGUGAUGGCGGGCCGUGCAGUGGCAGCCCGGGCCAGGGGCGGUGACGGCGGUAGUGGUAGCGGGGGAGCAGGCGAGGGCGGCGCGGAAGAGGGAAGCGGCUUGAGUUCCGCUAGGACGCGCGCAGCUGCCGGCGGCGGCGGCGGUGGCGGCGGCGGCGGCGGCUGCAGCAGCCUUGGCGGUUGUCUUGGAGACGCUGCCGGCGGAGUCGGAGGUACCGGUGGUGGCGCUGCAGCCUCUACGACGGCGGCGCAGCCAUCUGCUUCCGGCUCCGCUCCUGCCGUUGCCGCCGCCAGAGGGGCCGUACAGGAGGUACGGCUGAUGCUGCGGCUGGGCGGCAACUGGGCGGAGGUGGUGACGGCGGCGGCGGAGGUGGGUCCGGCGCUGACGUCGCUGGCGCUACUGCCGACGUACUUGUACGGCAGCGGUACCAUGAUGGGUCCGCAGAUUGUGUCGGCGGUGGCGACCUCACUGCCUCUCCUGCAGCACCUGGAGCUCUACCGCCUCAACACUGACCCAUGGGACAUUACCUGCCUGGCGGAUAUGCCGCGACUCAGGUUUGUGCUGCUGGGGGUGGCUGCGGAGGCGCGGGAGAGGCGCGGCCCCGCCUACCCUGCCAGCCUGGUGACCGCCCUGUUGGAGCGGCUCCACACCGUCAGGGGGGCGGGGGGGCACAGGGGGCACAGGGGGACGAGCAGCUGUCUGCGAGGAGAAAGCAACGGAUGUAGCAGCAGUGGCAGUGGCAGUAGCAGCCAUAGCAACGGGUGGGUCGCGACGGGCGGCUCGCGGGAAAAGACAGGGGCCGGUGCAGUGGAGGUCUCCUCCCCCGCGAACCAGCCGCAGCCGCAGAUGCACGCGGCGGGUGGUGGUGUUGACAGAGCCGUCCCGGCGGCGGUGGUGGUGGUCUCCUGCCCGGAGCUGUCAGAGGAAGAGGCGCGGCGGCUGGACGAGAUGUGCGAGCUGGAGUACGGCACGUACGACGUGUACGGCAGUCGGUUACGGGUGGAGCGCGCGGUGGACGGGACUCUGCCGUGGCGGUUGGCGGUUGGGAGCAGUUUAAGUCCAGGCAGAUGGCAGCCGUGA